AUGGCCAAGAAGCUCGAGAUUUACUACAAGCCGCCCACGUACUCAAGAGACAACUAUCCGCGCUUUGCGCACGAACUUGUCGAGCGCAUCGUCGACUUCCUUUGGGAUGAUCCCAGGGCAUUUGCGGGGUGCUGCCUCGUUUGCCACGCGUGGUACUGCGCUACACGCCCGCUCUUCCCUACGAUGGCGGACGAUCACCGAUUUAUCCAUAAAGAGACCUUCGAAGCCGUACCGCGAUUAUCAGCGAACACGUCACUGGAGGAACUAGACCUGGCCCUGUGCCUUCCUUCGUCGCCGCAGAUCAUACAAAGGGCUCUCGAGGCCUUGCUGUCCGACAUCACCAGCCCGCGUCUGCGGCGAAUUUCGCUUUCCAUCUGGCUCAACCAAUCUAAAAUCCUCCAGGAUGCAAAUGAGGUCCCUGUCUCCCCAGCAGACACGACGAAGUCUAUUCCCACAUUCCACGCCGUGCUGUCGCGCGGCAUCUAUGACCGGCUUCCAAAGAAUGGUGUUGAUGUCUACUUCUCUAUGUCAAAAGUAGAGCCAGAGGCUAAGCACAUAAUGUCUGGGAUCAAAUUCCACAUCUUCGCUCUUUUUGCACCGUGGUUGGCCCGUAACAACGUUCUGAAACUCAAGUUCGAUCCCGAUCCCGAUCGGACAUCACCAUUCACACUUCCUUGGGUUGACUCUGAGGUGAGGCACAUUGCUUCUUCAAAUCCAUAA